ACUGUCUUUUCUUAACAACCUCAAAUUCCUCAAAAAUCUUUCUCUCUUCAUUCUUUCUUUUCCCUUAUCUUCUAAAUCAUUUUACACACAUUCUUAGUAAAAUUAUUGUUACACAAACAAAAUAUUUUUUCUUCAUCCUUAUCUAAUCUCUCUUGAAAGGAGUUAUAAAUUUAGUGUGUUAUUAAUUAUUAUGGAUGCAAUGGAGAAAAAUUCAAGAUAUGUAAAGAGUGAUAAAAAAAUUGAAUUGCUACCUGGAUUUAGGUUUCAUCCAACAGAUGAAGAACUCAUAACUCAUUACCUAUCUCAAAAAGUUCUUGAUAAUUGCUUUUGUGCUAUUGCCAUUGGAGAAGCUGAUUUGAAUAAGUGUGAACCUUGGGAUUUGCCUUGGAGGGCCAAAAUGGGUGAGAAGGAGUGGUAUUUUUUUUGUAUGAGGGACAGAAAAUAUCCUACCGGUCUAAGGACAAAUAGGGCCACAAAUGCUGGAUAUUGGAAGGCAACAGGUAAAGACAAAGAAAUAUAUAGAGAAAAGACACUAAUUGGAAUGAAGAAGACACUUGUUUUCUACAAAGGAAGAGCUCCUAAAGGUGAAAAAACAAAUUGGGUCAUGCAUGAAUACAGAUUAGAAGACACAUAUACUUUGCAAACUAUAUCCAAAAAAGCUAUGAAGGAGUGGUCUAUAUGCAGAGUGUUUGAGAAAGGGUAUUGUGGAAAGAAAAUGCAUAUUCAAGAUUUGGUAAGCUUCAAUUCAAUUGGAAAAGAACAACUACCUCAAUUGAUGGAUUCACCACCAUACAAUAGUGAAACAAAAAAUACUAUUGGAGAUUCAUCACAUGUGACAUGUUUGAGUGAUCCUAACCUAAUUGAUUAUAAUCAAAGGACACAAGAUAUUGACAACAACAUAGUUUAUGAAACUCCAAUGUUAGCAUCUUCAUAUUCUUCAAACCCUUCUUAUGGUAAUAGUAUUUCCCCUACCUCAUGGGCCCCUACUUUGUCACACAAAUCAAAACAAAUUGGAAAUUCACAUUCUUCAGAUUGUUAUAUAGUUCAAGAACAAUCCAUGUUGAAUGAAAAUAAUGGAACAAGUACAAAGACAAAAAAUAAGAAAGCUCAAGAAUGUGACUUUGAUGUUGACAUUUCAUCUAUGAUGUACAACAAUGAAAUAUUUCAAAGACCAUAUGUGAGUGAAGAAUAUUCAUCAGAUUCAAUAGGACAUUUUGAAAGUGGUUAUCUAUGGAAUUUUUGAAGAUUAUGUUUCGAAGAUAUUUGGCAGUUUAUGAUAAAGAAAAUUUAAACAAAAAAAUAAAAUAAUUUAGGAGUUAACUUUAUUAUCAUACAUGUAAAUUAAUUGAAGGCAAUGUUAUCAUACAUGUAAAUUAACUUUAUGGGAGUGAAGUGAAUGUACUACUACAAACUUAAUUGCCUUUUUUGGUAUAGUUUUCAAAAGUUGUAUUGCUUGACAAUUUUAUAAAAGACUAAAAUAUAUUUUUGGCCGUUUAUAUUCUUUUU